AAUAUAAACUUUAAACAUCGUUAUUAAAAAAAGUGUAAAGAAUAAUCGAGAAUUUAAAAAAAAAAUAUUUUAUACAAACAUAUUUUUGUAGCUAAAUAAAAAAAAAAUUGUGGUCAUUUAUUAAGGAAUCUUGUUUAUUGGUGAAAUUUUUUGUUUUGUUUUGAGGUUCGGUUUUUGGUCAUUGCCAUUGUGUCAUUGCAAUCCAGAUAUAGAAAUACACACAAAAAUUCCAAUAACUUGCAAGCAUAACUAAAACGCUAAAAAUACCAGCAAAUAAGUAUCGAAAAACAAGCAAGCCCUCAUUUUUUAUAACCACAACAAGCUGAUUAACUAAAAUUAAAAAAAAAACAACACACAUAAAUAACAAACAAAAGUGAUUAAAUUUAUUUUGAUUUUUUUGUGAAUUUGGACUUGUUACUUUUUUUCCUUAACAUAAAACCAUUUUAGUAUUCUGACUUAACAUUUCAUUUCCAAUUGUUACGAAACGUGUGAAAUGCAAAAAUCAUAAUGACGGCCUUUCGAUUGAACGAAGUGAAAGCAGACGUAUUUCAUGUACCGCAAACGUACUCAUUGGCCUACAGUUGUAAUGCCGAUUUUUAUGCAGAAAAAGGUAAAUUGGCAUGGAAGUUUGGCGUCAUAUUUGGCCAACACGAUGAGCUAAGUCGCCAGUAUAUUUGUAGCGGAGAGGUGGCAGUUUUGGAAGAUAAUGCCCGUUUUAUUUAUUCUUUGGUUACCAAAGAUACCAUGUAUCAUAAGAGUUCGUAUGAGAAUGUGGAAUCGGCUUUAAUAUGUAUGAGACAUCAUAUGAAAAAUCACAAUGCCCACAAGGUUGCCAUGCCCCGCAUUUGCAGUGGCAGCGAUGGCUUAAAAUGGUCACGUAUUCGAGAAAUAAUAUUGCGAGUAUUUGCCAACGAAUACAAUACGGAAAUAAUGAUUUGUAAUUAUCAACCACCAAAGAUUGUAGAUCCUAAAUGUCGUAUAUUGGAACAAAGAGGUCAUAAUAUUACAGCACCGGAAAAUUGUGCAUUAGUACAUUCGAUUAGUGCUGACUUCGCUAUGUGCAGUAGUAUAGGUAUGCAAUUCAAUUGUAAAUAUGGACCCUCGAAUGAGACAUUAAAACAAUAUAAACACACCGGAAAUGUGGCAGUGUUGAAAGAACAAAAACGUUAUGUCUAUAAUCUAGUGACCAAAGAACGUAAUCAUGAAAGAAGUACUUAUAUAGCAUUAUUUUAUGCACUCACUGCUACCCGAGAUCAUAUGCGCCAGCAUGGUGUUAAAAAAUUAGCUAUACCACGCUUGGGUUGUGGCAUUGAUCGUCUCGAUUGGUUGCGUGUUAAGAAUAUUUUGGAAAUGGUAUUUGCGGAAGAUGACGUGGAUAUAACAACAUAUUCACAUGAUCCUCUGUUAUCUAUGCCCAGUCGUGAGCAAUUGCAUGUUCAUUGUUCUACAUGCAAGAGGGCUUUCUGACAUAAAACAAAGAAUUCUAUGGUAAAGAAUUCUAACAAAAAGACAAUUAACAAUACUAGUAACAGCGGAAAGAAAUAAUGAUAUUAAUAUUUAUAAAGUUUUAAGUUUUUCUACAACAUUUCCCAAAAUUAACACAAAAUAAAGUUGAAAAAAUUAUAAAAUUUCAACUGAGUUUGUAUUCUUAAGAUAAUUAUGCUUUACUUAAGUUUAUAUUGGAAAUGGUGUUCAAUUAAAUCCCUAAAUAAUUGAGUUUAAUUUCACCGUUGGAAAAUAAUUCAACAAAUGCUAUUUAUUCUAUUGUUUAAAAGAUAAAAAAACAAACUCUUUUGUUUUUUUAAUUAUUUUAUAAUAAUAAUAUUAUUUAAAAAAAGUUUUUUGUUCAUGGUCAGUUGUUUAUUAUAUUUUUUUGAA